UGAGAUUUUGUCUGUGAAAAUAGAAACAUUUAUAAGUUUUGCAUAAAGAAUAUUUUAUUACUUUAUACUCGGUUGUGCUAUAAGAUUCCUAUAUAACACCGGAUUGGCUAUAAAUAAUAAAUCAAAUAAAAAUAGAAGAAAAAAAAACAACGAACACCGAGACUUAAUUUUAAAACAAAGAGUUGUAAAUUAUUGUUCAUUGACUGUGUGGAUAUAAUUCGUGUGAGUGGAUGGAGUUGAUAUAAUAAUAAAUGUAAUUUGGACUCGGAGUGUUUCUACAUGCGUAAUAAGUUUUAAUUCAUCAAAUCGUUCAUACAGAAGUCAGUAUUAACCCCAGUGUUAUUUAAAAAUAUUAUCGCCUUGCAACAAUAAUAAAAAUGAAGAUUUUCUUUUUACUUUUGGCAAUUAUUGCUACGGCAAUUCAACUAACGCAUAGUGCUACAUUGCGCCGAAAGCCAAAAGUUUACAAUGCGCUGAUUACCACGGAUCAGAAUCUAACGCCGAGUCGAGCCUUUCCCGUAAUUCAGCCACAUUUACAGGAAACAUAUGCGUAUCCAUCCUAUUCAUACAGAAGCUAUUCACCGCUCGGUCUGUACAACAAUGGAUUUCAAUAUGGAUCAGCUGCAGCUUCGUACAACGGUUUUCAUCACAGCUAUCCGCGAAUAAAUCCUGGGAUUGUCCAAGGAAGAAACUUUUUUUCAAGGGAUGAAAUUCAUUCGACAUUACCGCCAAUAUCAAACGAUUUUGGUUUGCCCUCAUUGGUACCAAUAAAUUCGUUUGCCUUCGGAAACUUAGCACCGUAUCCGUACCAUUCGUAUCCAAUAAUUGGAUCAGUUUAUGAUCAUUUUGGUGGACAUGGCGGCUAUCUGCCACCGUUUCCAUUUUAUCCACCAGGAUUUGAUGGAAUUAAUCCGGACAAUGGAAAGAAAGAUGCAGUUGACAAAAAAGACGGAAAUGUUCCUGCUGAUGGAGGGGUAGGAGACGGAGACUCUUCUUUGAGCAAUAGCAAUGGACCGUCAGGUUCUGGUGGCGACAGUGGUUCGUCUGGUUCUGGUGGCGACAGUGGUUCGUCUGGUUCUGGUGGCAGCAGUGGUUCAUCUGGUUUUGGUGGCAACAGCGGUUCGUCUGGUUCAGGCAGCAGCAGUGGUUCUUCCGGUAGCAACAGUGGUUCGUCGAGUUCUGGUGGUAGCAGCAAUGCAUCAUCCGGUGGGGGCAGUAGUAGCAGUAGUACUAGUAGUAGUACAAAAAGUUCAAGAUCACGAAACUUUGACAGGCCAGAAUAUCCACACCAGCAAUCGCUCAGCGAAAAUAUAAAGAAUUUUCCAAACAAAGAUCCAACCAUACCCGAUAUUGAUCCAUCACCACCUGUUAGGGUAAAGGCACUAAACAAAUAGGCUCACGUGUGUCUUCCUUUCGUAUUAACUUAGAUUUAGUUUGGAUUUAAAAAAAAUUCAAUUGACUAAUGUUGAAACCCACUGCAAUAUUUAUUUACACAUAAACCGAUUGAUUGAACUAGA